GUGCAGAGGCACAGUGAAGGGGACACUUUCUCUCAACAUGAUAAUUGCUACAACCACAAUGGGCUCACGGAAGUCACCUGGACUGUCCCUUCUGCUGUUGUCUUUUCUUCUUUACAUAGCUGAUUCCUAUCCCAACAUUGACUUAUCAAACAUGGGCUGUGAAGAAUGCACGUUGAGAAAGAACAAUCUUUUCUCAAGGGAACGUCCGGUUUACCAGUGCAUGGGCUGCUGCUUCUCCAGGGCAUACCCGACACCUCUCAGAGCCAUGAAGACAAUGAAUAUCCCAAAAAAUAUCACCUCAGAGGCGACGUGCUGCGUCGCAAGGCACAGCCACGAGAUCCCGAUAGCUGGCAUUUCGGUGAGAAACCACACAGACUGCCAUUGCAGCACCUGUUACUUUCAUAAGAUAUGACAGAUGGGGAUUGGGGACCAUUCUGCAUCCUUCGGCUUGGCAACAUGUCUUUUAAUACGC